UAGUACACGCACAGCGGUCGCAUGAGAUUGUCGCGUCGCGAGUGAUAACAGGCCGUGCAACAAAUUCUUCAAUCAGGGACAUGUGAAACAACCAAGAUGCCUCUCCCAGAGCUAAUCAAACGGGCAUCGAGCUAUCUCCUCGGUCUAGAGUUUGAGGAUGAGGAACCCCCGGAUUACGUCGACAAUGAAAUAUUGUUUUGCAAGAACAACGUGUGCGUACAUCCGCCGACCAUUGCCAGGCAUGAACUGGAUAUCGUCCAUCAUCCCGGGUAUCUCACAGUAACCACAAAAGUGUUUACAGACCAACACAACAACGCUAAGCGACCUACGCUCUUUCUGAAUUGGAUCCCUAACUCGACACUCAGAAAAUGUCCUUCCGCGGUAGAGACGAGUCCGAGCGACGAGCUCGGGUACGGCGCGACAAAAGCAAACCCUAAAGCUAUACCGAAGCCCCACAACGAUGCUAAGACUAAUAAAGUUGAUUCCAACAACGAAAAUGCCUUUUCCGAUUCGUCGGAAACGACCAGUCUCAAUUCCAAUUCUGAUAAACAAAGCAUUAAGUCGUCCGAUACUCGUUACACACAUAACGACACGACUCAGGACGAGUUGUCAACGAGCUCUAAGCCGACUGUGAAGUCCGUAGAUUCCGGAAAGGACAAUGUGUUUGGUAGCUUUGAGAAGGACGAAUCGAAGGAUGAGGUGUUUAACGAUAAACAUGUGCGGUCGCAAUCGAUGACGUCCGUAAACAUAACGAUUGCGAAUCCUAAUAUUGAGAAUGUAGACUUGACACCAGAUUCGCUGUCUGGGGAUAAGUUUAUUAGGUCGUUGUCUAUGAGCUCCUGUGAUGAGGGGAACCCGAACUGGAUGAGCACUCCGGAGUUCCUGGCUUUGAAGCACAACUUGGUGUUUCCUGACAGCGUCCAAAGCUCCCCAGUGCCGCAACGGCGAGCCCCUAUGAAAUGCCGUAGGUUUUCAGUGGAUUUAAGUCAAAUGCGGUCUCUACGGUUGUUUUUCAACGACGACAACUGCACGUGUGGUCAGCUGGUAGUAGCAUCACGAGAGUCACAAUAUAAGAUUCUUCAUUUCCACCACGGAGGGCUAGAUCACCUGGCUCAAGUUCUGCACAGAUGGCAUUCGUUGCUGCACAACAUCAAACUAACUCCAGGCUCAGAGGAACCUAAUUUGCCGUACCGUCAUUUUAUGGUCUGCCGUCCUGAAGUACAAAAAUCUGAGCAGCAUCCCGAAGAAGGAAAAGUUCCUAAAAUCACCCCUGAACUGUUUUAUGGCAAAAUCAUGAACAGCAAAGGGGUCAUAGAAGACGAUCUGUUUCUCAGAAAAUGCGUGUUCUUUGGAGGUCUAGACAAGGAAUUGAGGCGGGAGAUGUGGCCGUUUUUGCUCCACUGCUACCCGUACAACUCGACUUAUGAUGAGAGGGAGAUAAUCCUGCAGAUUAGGACAAGAGAAUACGAAGAAAUCACAAGGAGAAGACUUGAGAAGAUGACGCCAGAACAGCACGCGAACUUCUGGAGGACGGUGCAAUGCGUCAUCGAGAAAGACGUCGUGAGAACGGACAGGGGCAAUCCCUUUUUCGCUGGGGAGAACAACUACAACAUUGAAAUUAUGAAAAACAUUUUGCUGAACUACGCAGUUUACAAUCCAGUACUGGGAUAUACACAAGGCAUGAGUGAUCUCCUGGCACCAGUGUUAUGCGAAAUCAAAUGCGAAGCCGAAACUUUUUGGUGUUUCGUCGGACUAAUGCAAAGGGCAAUCUUUGUUUGCACUCCAACUGAUAACGAUAUGGAUAACAACUUGAGCUACCUUCGGGAGUUGAUUAGGAUAAUGCUGCCACACUUUUACAAGCAUCUGGAAAAACACGUGGAUGCAAUGGAACUCCUGUUUUGUCAUAGAUGGAUUUUACUAUGCUUCAAGCGCGAGUUCACUGAAGCAGUGGCUCUUCGCAUGUGGGAGGCGUGCUGGGCCAACUACCAGACGGACUACUUCCACCUGUUCCUCUGCCUGGCCAUCAUCGCGGUGUACGCCGAUGACGUCAUCGCACAGGACCUGAACACUGAUGAGAUGCUGUUACACUUCAGCUCGCUAGCCAUGUACAUGGACGGCCGUCUUAUCCUCCGCAAGGCUCGCGGUCUCCUCCACCAGUUCCGAUCUCUAGUCCGAGUGCCAUGUACCCUAGCUGGCAUGUGCCAGCGCUGCGGGCCUGGCAUAUGGGACUCCACACACAGACCUAGCAUAGAAUGCACUGGGGAACACCUAGUCUGCGAGUACAAGGCGCAGUAGGAAUUGAGACUUGAAAGGUGAAACAGAUGAAGAUCGAAGACUUGCGAUGGAAACUAAGCUGGCCCUGAAUGGACAGGCUACACUUUAUAAGAACAGUUAUAGAUCUAAGCAUAUAACAUCUUCUGACUAAUAUUCUUGUGCCCAGGGAGUACAGUCAGCGUCAAAUAGUUUGUGACACCCAGAGUGGCCAAAAAAUUGACAACACAUGUAACAAAGCCGUUUUGCAAACUUCUUGGCUCUUCUUCUUGGUACACGUAGGAAUGUGGACAAACCUAAUGUGGAAAAGAAAGCCCUCAUUCCAUAAUUAUGAUGAUUGUUCAUCAUCUGACACCAGUGUUUUUGCAGCCAGCAUCAUUAAAUCAAAAUUCAUUGAGGGCGUGUGGCAUUUGGCAGUACCUUAAUUUUUAAUAGCUUAGAUCUAUAACCGUAAAACAGCCGACGGAUUUUCUGGAAAAAUGUCGGUAUCUUGUCCAUAACAACAACUUGACAGCAACUGUGCUUGGCAUAAAGCAGAAUCAUUGCGUUGUCGCAAGUACGCGGGAUGAGUCCUUAUUAAGAUCAAAACAGUUGAGCAUCAGUUCAGUUUUGGCAGGAAAAUCGGUAAUCGUUUUUGUUUAUUAUUUUAACAGUUACACCAAAAUAAAAAAAUAACUACCACAUUAGCGAGUAAAAAGUUAGUCAAGUUUGCUAAGCAAUUCUUCAAGACAAAAUGCCUAAGCAAUAAGUUUUUUGUGAUAAUAAUUUUUUUGGCGCCUAGCUUCUGUAUUUAGUUAGAUUUCUAACCAAGCAAGUAUAAAAUUAGAUAUGUACUACAUACAGUACAAAUGACAGUAUUACCAGAAUUAAGGAGCUUGGUAGAUUUUGUAUUAUUUAUAGUGUGAGACAUGACAGUCACAGGUCACAGCGUGAAAAGGGACAAUUAAAGUUUGUGAGAUAAUUAAUUUCACAUGAAAAUCUGUUUGUGGGGUUAACCCAUAAUUCGAUAGUGAAAAAAAGAGGUUUUUUCCACCAAUUGACGGAACAUAUCAGCGUGGAAACAAUUGAAGACGUUCUUAAAAUAAAGUAAUGAAUUACUGUAUUGUUAACUUCGUAUACUUAUUCGUACGUUCUUAAGUUUGCAAGUUCAUCAUGAUGUACCUAUUGUUAAAUGUCGUUAAAAUAAAUUCAUAUCGCGCACUUAAUCAUUUGAAGAUCGUUUAUUAUUGUCAUCUAUUUACUAUCUAUUGUCAUCUAAUAAUGUUAUUAUGAUGAUACGUUGGUACCUGUUUAUAGAAUUUAUAGGACGUAAUAAGUAUUAAUGGAUAGCAAGUGAAUUUACCUAAGAUAUAAUACUAGACACCAGCUGGCAAACGUAUCUAUAAAGUGUUCAAACUUGUUACGUUUGCCUGAUGUCAAUUGGCUCAUACUUACUUCGAAGUAGUAAAAAAUAUAUUUUUUAAUAUUGUUGUGGUGGUGUCUGGUACUAUACUUAGGCUAUCGAGGAAAUGUAUGUGUCGUAGUCGGAUUGUAUAAUCCGCCGUUUUACAUUACCACUAGGCAUUUUACAUUACAGCUCUGUUUUGUAAUACGGCGGUUCAACGUUUAGGCGGAUUGAAUACGGCUGAAUGAAAAUCCGCUGGAAUAUAUUCGGCGCCAAACGUUCUUCAAUACGGCUAGCCGUAAUGUAAAACAGCGCGUCAUUACCCGCCGCUUUGACAGUUUUUAGUUCAAAUUUUCAACACCGUGGCGCUGCCUGACAUAACAACAACAAUGGCGUCGGAUGCAGAAAAUGUGUUGCUAAAUUACGGGGUUAUUUAAUUUUCUGAAUCUAAUAAAGAAAAGUUAUAAAUAUGUGUGUCGACAGUUAGUUUAACAACAGUUUUAACUUGCAAUUGAAGAAUUUCUAUUCUUCACAAUGUGGAACAGUCAAAAAACCGUGGACAAGGGACCGAGUUUUGGAGGUUAUAGCCCACAUCAAAACCGCUAAAGUGGCUAUGGAUUCUGGUGUUCGGCGGAAUCCUACUCAAUAUUAAUGGAGCAAAAAGUAUGGUAUUAUGACAGUGGCCGGUGAAGAUUUUGAGAUAUCUUUUAUUUUAAAAUGUUUGUUUGAACCUUGUGAUUACUCAUUACGUUUAAUGACUAAAGCCAAAUAUUUUAUUAAAUUAUUAACUUUCAAAAAGUUUAUUUGUUUUGAGAUGGCUGUCCCCUGUGAUUUAUAAAUAAGUAUACAAAAAAAUUACUGAAGCCAAAU